GAAAAUUAAUUUAACGGCCGCCUGAAGUCGGAACAACAACUCGGAAAAGCAGAGAACAUUUUAGCACUUUUUCAGCACACUUUGACGACAAUGUUAAUGAAAGUUCAGCGUUCAUGUUGUUUCCACUUUACCAUGUAAAAGCACAUGAACCCACCGAGAGCGACUUCACAACACGGGAAAUGGGAUCAUACAAGGAGCACUUGAACGCAACGUCCACAUUCAGCACUCUGUUAACGCACUUGAAGAGCGAAGGGGCUGAGAACAAGUUAACAAGUCCAGUAACUUUGGUUUUAAGUAAUUUAUCUAACAUGUUGCAGUUGAAAGCUCUGGAGCUUCUGUUCUUCUGGUUCUGCCUGCUGACUGUGUCUGGAAUAACUCCUGGACACAUGGAUACAAACGGGUCGGGUGACGUCAGAGUGGUUGUGAAAGAAGGGAGUGACGCCAUUUUACCCUGUUCCCUCAGCACCAAGGAGAACGCUGAGGAGAAACUCUUUGACUGGAAGAAAGAUGGUCGGAAGGAGAUUUUCUUUUAUGAUGGAGGCCUUCAUUACAACAACGGCCGUAUAGGUCAAGAUCAGCAGUUCAAAGGUCGCGUCUCACAUUUUCAAGAUGAGCUGAAGUACGGCAACGCCUCCAUCAUCAUCAGAAAUACGAAGGUGACCGACAGAGGAGACUACACCUGUGAUUUUCCACGUCUUCAGCCAAGACAGAUAUUCAACAUUCAGCUUGUUGUUGAUCUCACCUUCAGAAACCGUUUAAACGAAAUCACAGGUGCAGCUGCAGAGCCGUCCAUCACGAUAGUUGAUGUCACAGAGUUUGGGGUCCUGCUGCAGUGUGAAGUUAGAGGUGCUUUUCCUAAACCUACAGUAGAGUGGCAGGACAGUGCUGGAAACAAACUUCCUGCUGAGGAGCCACAGGUCUCAGAAAGAGAAGGUCACUUCUACAUCACCCUCCAAACCACUGUGACCAAGACCAAAACCAACCAGUUCCACUGUGUAGUCCAGCAGGACGACAUCGGUCAUAUGAUCAGUAAUAACAUCACUUUGCCAGAGAAACUGUUUGAGGACACGUGCAGCAGAGGGGACGUCACAGGAUGGUUGGGUGGAAUUUUUUUGGGAGCUGUAAUUCUUGCUGCAGUUCAAGGUUUUCUUGUAGCUACAAAGAUCAUCACAGUACGCUGUAAUAAAGGAGCAGCUAAACAGAAAAACAGGAAGAAAAACAAAAGAGGGGAGGAAUCAAACCUGCAGGCUCCACCAGGUUCUUGUGUCCAGGAAAACGGUUUUUGUAGAGCUCAUUCAGAGGAGGUGUAAAGGUGUGUGUGAAUGUACUGAAUCAUGUAGAUGAGUCCAAUGCUGUUUUUUUUUUUAUACAUGCUGUAUAUACUGUAAAUUGUAAAUAUGUAAUCUAACAGAUCUUUGUGAAACGUGUUAUGGUCAGUUUUUGGACUAAUGCAAAUUAAUGUUUUACAAAAUAGAAAAUAAAAAGUACUUGCCAGUCCAGUCAGGGUUAAAGGGAGGGGUUUCAUUGUCUUUCAUCAUGACAGACAAUCACUAGAGCACUUCUCUAACUUAAAUGUACAUUUUACAGCAGGGAAAAUGUUUUUAAUCGAAAUGACCAACAUUUCUGCAGGUUAUGAGUUCACAAUGGCAACUAUAAAAGAUGAUUUGUUUGAAAAGACAGAAGAGAAAUGUUAUUUAUUUGUAUUUAAUAGGACAUAAUCCUUUCAUAUAAUGAGCCACAUAUUUAUUUAUAGAUAAUCAGUGAUUUUACAUUUGAAUGUAAUUUAAAAAGCAGAUGUACACACAGUAAUUCUUCUGUUCAAAAUGAGACAGAUGUAAUUUGUUAUUGACUAAAUACAUAAAACAGUUGGGUUCUCACUGAUUUUACAGAAUCAGAUUUACAAUUGUAUACAAAAAAAUGCAAACUGCUAUAAAAAGUUACAAAACUUUAAUGGUGAAAAAAAAAUGUGAGACUUUUUCUCCUGAUGAGAAAUAGUCACGUUUUAAUCUCGUCUCCUAUCAUGUAUCUGUAUGCUGGGCCACACGGAGGUUACUUGCUAAAUGCCAGUUAAAUAGGUCGUAUCAACAAAGAUGUAAAAGUUUCACAAAGAUUAUUUUAUUACUGGAUUAUGUAUAGAUUUUUUACUCUUACGUCUCCAUUUUAUUUCUGAACCUUGUUUGUUGCUUUUGUUUUACUUUGUUGUCAAAAUGUAAUUAUCCACUGCAAUUGUGGUUUGUGUACAGCUGUGGUUAUAGUACUUGCUUUUAAUGUGCUUUUAUUUUCUAUAGUUCCAAAGCAAAAAUCUUUAAAAAGUUUUAAAGUUAAAAUCUACUUGGCAGUAAAUCAGAUUAUGAGCUUAUUGUUUUGGGUGAUGAAGCCUGGCUGUUCUCUUGAAGCAGCCGCUCCAUCGUUCUUGUUUUAUUUUUGCUUUUUGAGGUCUCAUGGACGCUGCUGACUAAGAGAAAGUUAAAUGCAAUAAUAAAUUUGAUAUGACUGAUGCUUGAAAAAUAAAAUAAAAUUUAACAUUA